UCGCAAUCGAGAGGAUAUACUCCUAACAAAAGCAUUCAAUCGCCAUCAAUCCGGCAUGAAAUCCCGGCCAGAAACGUUGGAGAAGCUUAUCAAUGCUGGAUAUCCCGUACGUAAAGGACAAACUGAUCCUCAAAUGCAAAUCGGAGAUUCGGUCGCCCAGUACUUGGCAAUCAUAUGCAGAAGAUAGGAGAAGUGGACGACAAUCGUGUUUGAAGCCGAGUACGGCAUCAGACUCGCCCCAGACAACUUUGUCUGGAUGCAGAGUGGGGGUCAGACAAAGUUCAGCAUGCAUUUGACGAUCAAUCAGACGGGGCCCCAGCUGGUGUUUUUGUCAAACCUGUUGGACGGGGCCAAGGACUAUGCUGUCCGCUUAAAGAAGCGGCUGAUGCUCUGGGAGCCCAAGGUAGCCGACCUUCUGGACCUGGAUGUGUACACGAGGGACCGGGAGUGGCGCACCCCGGGGAGUGCAAAAGUUGAGAAGCCGGAGAGCGUCCUUCAAUUUCUCGAUCCGGCCCACACGUGGAAGGAUGCAUUGGUGACGUGGUUGCCGUCGCCUGAGGAUUGCCGGAUAACAAAGGUCCCAUUCACGCUGCCGGCCAAGUUGUACAAGGGUCCAUCUGACCCAAAGCAGCUGACAGCUUUCGAUGACCGCACUCCUGAGAACAGCGCGUUCGUGAGGGAGCGUAUGUUGACCUUGUUGCGGGAGAAGCUUCAUCCCACGGCCUAUCCGGAAGGCCCUGGUCGGUUCAACUACACCGAUCGGUCUGAGCCCUGCUACACGGGACGCGUGCAUGACGGCCGCCAAAACCUGACAUGCCAUCUCGCAUCUGACGGCAAGAUUUACGCACUGUGCUUCAGCACCAACACGGACCUUCAUGACGAUGCCCUGGAGCUUGUACUUGCUUGUCCAACAUUGCAAAAGUUGGUUGUCAAGGUCUUCCCGGGGAGAGCGGAGUGGGACAAGGUGAACUUACAAGCAUUCCAAUCAUUCUUGACAUUGAACCGUUUUUAGCAGAAUCCCUACAAUUGAUGUGAUGCAGAUUGAUUGUUAGACAUCGGGGACCUGUACGAGGACAAUUUGACUUUCCGGUCUGCUGCAAUCGUCGUUGACAUGGAGUACUUGGGGCGUGACCGCACAGCCAGCACUCCCGCUCUGCUUGCCGAGGUAGCCGCUGGGCGAGCAGUGUCUACAGAUUCGGCCCGCCUUAACAGCGUCAUUGACAGGAAGUUUGUCAUGCUAUCAUGUCCAAACUUAACGGUUAAGUUUGAUGUUAUUGGAGGA